UGACAGAAUGUGCAUUUGUGUUAGUGCGGUGUUGGAAGGGAGGAGUGCUGUUUUUGUUUUCAGCAUUUCUCACCUUUUUUUCUAGUGAGAAAAUGUAAUCAAAUGUUAAUAAUUCGUAAGUGUCCUAUUAAUUUAUUGAUUACACUAUGUGAUAAGGGUGUUAGCAACAAUAUCACAAGGGCCUCAAGUGCUUCGUCAAGUGAUAGAGGAGUUGGAUGUCACCCUCCAAUUUAUGAGAUUUUAUUGAAUUAAAAUACCAAUCUGUGAUUAUGGAGAAAACAGCUAAUGGACAAUCUAGUCGGGGAAAUAGAAAGACUUUUCUGGGUAUUAUUCCCCGGAAGUCCACAAGGGUUGAACCCCAAAAUGAUCCAGUGGCUGGAGAAGAUGUUCAGGAAGUGCCCGUUGAAAAUGUCGAAGUUGUACAGCCUAAUGGGGGUGUUCAGAGACGCAGUAUUGCCAAGACAUCCAAAGUCAUGACAAAUCGUUUUAGUGAUCACAUUUCCGGAGGAAUUUGCUGCACAAAUGUUGAUUCACGUGCCCUAACACCUCCUGAGAAUGUCAGAAAACUCUCCCGGAGUACUCCCAAUAGUCCCACUAUUGGUGUUCUCUCUGAGGACAAUGCCAGAAAUCGUUGUGCUAAGAAGCCACUUGAAAUGAGCUGUUCCCUGGAUGAUGGUUCAUCCUCUUCCAGACAAUUCACGCAGACUUUUACACCUCCUGAACGGCAAAACAUUGCAGUAUCUGCUUGCAGGUCACGCCUAAGGAAGAAACUCUUUCCUCCUGGAACGAAUUUGGACGAGAUGAAUCUCUCAGCACCAAAUAUUUCUGACAAAGAUACCAGUGAACAUAGGAACAGUCGUUCAUUCUCUUACGACACUCUCCUGGGCAGUAGUGGCGGAAAUAUUGUCAAUCAGAGGCCAACUAGUGCAGAUUCCUUAGCCAGGAAUACCUUAAUGGCUGCUCAAGUGCUCAAUCUCAUCCCAACUGAAAAGGCCAGGGAGAGGAGUUAUCUUCAAGGCAAGCUGUCCUACAAUUCCCUCCUAGGUGGCCAGGAACUCGAAAAGGUGCUGCCAAAUCGGGAAGUGAAGAUUUUUGUGGGAACCUGGAACAUGAAUGGACAGAAUCCGCCCAAGGAAAUGAAUGACUUCGUUUUGCCCCUGGGAAUGGACAAUGUUCCAGAUGUUGUGGGCAUUGGGACACAGGAGUCCUGCUCAGAGCGAUAUGAGUGGGAAGUAACACUCCAAGAGACUCUAGGUCCAUCUCAUAUCCUUCUGCACUCCGCAUCCUUGGGCACCUUGCACCUGGCCAUCUUCAUUCGUCGUGAUCUCAUCUGGUUCUGCUCUCUGCCCGAAGAUGACAGUCUAAGUGUCCGUCCGGGUACGGCGUUUCGCACUAAGGGCGCCGUUGCCAUCUCCUUCUGUCUCUUCGGAACAUCUAUGCUCUUCGUUACUUCCCACUUGACCGCCCAUCAGGCGAAAGUGAAGGAGCGUGUUCAGGAUAUCAAACGUAUCAUACAUGCUCUGGACUUGCCGCGAAACUAUGUCAUCCGGCACAAGAGUAAAGACGUCACUCAUAAUUUUGAUAGUGUUUACUGGUGCGGAGACCUCAAUUUUCGACUUGGAGAGCCACGCGAGAAGCUACUGGAGUGGAUUGAAAACACCCAAUUCCCACUGCCUGAUCACCUGCCACAUGGGUACCUCCACACGGACCAGCUGACUACGGUCCUAUCCGAUGGAGCGGCAUUUAAGGGGUUCAAAGAGGCCAAAAUUACCUUUCCACCAACAUACAAGUAUGAUCCUGGAACCCAGCAAUUUGAUACAUCCAGCAAGCAGCGAGCUCCAGCGUAUACGGAUAGAAUCCUCUUUAAGUAUCGCUCCACACCGUUGGGAUUGAGACGCGGUAGUGCUCUGAUUCCUAUGCAGAGUCCCGUAGAGUGCUUAGCGUAUGACUCAGUACCGAGCAUUGUCACAUCAGACCACAAGCCCGUCUGGGCUCUCUUUAGGAAUGCCAUUCGACCGGGACUGGAUUCAAUGCCCCUUGCGGCUGGAUUAUUCAAUCGCGACGUGUAUAUUGAGGGCAUGAAGAGGCGACUCAACAGUAAAAAUCAAAGCUCAUCCGUUGUUUGCAGUAUUCAGUGAUUAUACGACCAAAGAUUCCAAAAAGGCGAUUCGCAGGAAAUGUUUUUCAUCCAAUUAUAAUCCUCCAGCCAUAAUAAUUUCCACUAUGAUCUGGCUCUGAUAGUUCUCUGAUCAAUGAUCUCGAUGACCUGUGUAUAGAAAUCUCUAAUCAAAAUUAGGUAAAGAUGCUAGUGCUCUUAUUUUUGGAACCAAAGACGAUGAUCAAAUACUCUAGUCAACCCCUCUUGUAUUAUUAUAAGGACUAUUUAUGACAGUUUGACUCAAUAUUUGAAUGUUCAUAUCAGACAUGUAAAAGGGAUGCUAAUAAAAAAAAGUACAUCAAAUCGGGUGUAAUCGGUACAAAAA